CAUCAGAGGGCCAGAAUCUUAAGCCCACAAUUUAAACGAUAGUCAACAUUUUCUAAACGACACCAAAACCCUAACCCUAAGAGAAACCCCCAAAUUAAUUCAAACGUAACAUCGGCAAGGCCGGCUUUCCGGCAACGACAACAAAACCCUGACCCUAACACAAACACCCAAGUCAAAACACCAACUUUUCGGCGAUGGGUCGUCUGAAGCUUUUUGACGAAGACGGCGAUGCGCCUGGUGACGACUUAUCGAAGAUUGAAAUCAACCGUGAAUUCGCCAAACGGUACGAGCACAACAAGAAGCGAGAGGAAUUGCAGAGAUAUGAAGAGCUCAAGAAGCAAGGUCGUGUUGACGCUUCAAGCUCAGAUUCGGAAGGAUCGUCUUCUGAAGAGGAUGAGGAAUUAAUCAAACCGAGUAAAAGGACAGAUGUUGAGUUCUUUGAUGCGCUAAUUAAGGUGAAAAAUCAAGACCCAAUUUUGAGGAAUAAAGAUGCAAAAUUGUUCAAUUCUGACUCUGACAGUGAGGAUACUAGCGAUAAUGCGAGUGAGGAAAAGGGGAACAGGGAGAAGAAGAAGAAACCAAUGUAUUUGAAAGAUGUUGUUUCUAAGCAUUUAAUCGAGGCAGGGCCAGAAUUUGAUGACCAAGUAAUGGAAAAUGAGAAUAAUGAUGAAAUAGGAAAUAAGGUGAAGAGUUAUUCGGAAGAACAAGAGGAACUGAGGAGGGAGUUUUUGAAAGCGGUGGAGGAGGAGGAAGAUAAAGAGGAAGGGGAUCUUUUGAGAGUGAAGAAUAGUGGGGGUAAAGAGGAGGAAGACGAGGAGGUGGUGGAGAUUGGAGGCAAGUUGGAUGAGUAUUUCGGAGAAGAUGGGAAGUUAGACGAGGAUAUGAUGUUUUUGAAGGAUUAUUUUCGGAAUAGGAUGUGGAUUGAUGAUGAGAAAAGUAAGCAUAGGGGGGAUGAGGAGAUUGAGUUUUCAGAGGACGAGGAGGAGAUAGAGAGGCAGGAGGAUUAUGAGAGAGAGUAUAAUUUUAGGUUUGAGGAGAAUGCUGGGGAUAGGGUUAUGGGCCAUUCGCGAAAAGUAGAGGGUUCCGUGAGGAAGAAGGAUAAUGCAAGGAAGUCGCAGAGGGAGAGGAAGGAAGAGAGAAUGGCACAGGCUGAGUUUGAAAGAAAGGAAGAGUUGAAGAGGUUGAAGAACUUGAAGAAGAAAGAAAUUAAUGAGAAAUUGGAGAAGAUUAGGGAAGUGGCAGGGAUUGGGAAGGAUGGGAGUGGUUUCUUGGAUGAGGAUGAUUUGGAGGAGGAUUUUGAUCCUGAGGAGUAUGAUAGGAAGAUGAACGAAGCAUUUGGUGAUGGCUAUUAUGAGGCUGAGGACAUGGAUCCAGAGUUUGGUAGUGAUCGGGAUGAAGAUGAGGUUGGGCUUGAGAAACCAGGCUUUGAUAAGGAAGAUGAGUUGCUUGGACUUCCAAAGGGCUGGGAUGAGGUGAAUGAAUCUGGAGAAGGUUUCAUGUCAGCCAGGCAAAGAAUUUUGAAAAAUAGGGUGGCAGAUGAAGAUGAGAAGGAUAUUAGUGAAGAUGGAGAUGAGGAGCCUAAAGAGGGAAAGCGGAAAAGAAAGCGGAAACGUAGUGAAGUGGAGAAGGCAGUUAGAGAGCAGUUGAUGGAGGAGUAUUAUAAGUUGGAUUAUGAGGACACUAUAGGUGACUUGAAAACAAGGUUCAAGUACAAACCAGUAAAGGCUAAGAGAUAUGGACUGACCCCAGAAGAGGUCUUGAUGAUGGAUGACAAGGAUUUAAAUCAAUAUGUCUCUUUGAAGAAGCUGGCUCCUUACAGGGAGAAGGAAUGGAAGGUGCCUCGUAUUAAGACCAUCCAACUAAAACAGCAAACCAAGAAAUCUCAUAAUGGGGACACCUCCAUUUCCAUUAAUAAAGAUAGGAAGAAGAUACGAGGUGAUGAUAAGGCAACAAGUGAAGUGAUUAAUGCAGUGGAGACAGAGAAAUCAGACCCUGCACAAUCAGAUGGUGACGCAAGCAAUCUAUCUAGACGGAGUAAGAGAAGACGCCGUCAAGCUGAGCUCAAGCUAUCUCGUUCCAGGCUUAUGGCUUAUGGGAAAAUCCCUUCCAAAUCUAAGAGUAAUAAUCAGAAGUAGAGCCUUGGCAGAAGUUUUUGCAUCUAUUUUUGUAGGAGAUACUCAGACAAAAUAGUCUUAUGUAUCAAGAUAACAGAUCCAAUUCUUUUACGACCAACAGUGGAUGAAGACCACCCUUGAUUCUCCAUUUAGUAAACUAUGGUGUUUCAACAUUUGG